AUGAGUCACCGCUGGGCUUUACGAUCCUUAGAAGAAUUCAAUCGUACAGAUAAUCAUACUCAAGCGCUUUAUGGCAUUAUCCAAGGCGGUAUUCAUCAAGAUCUACGCGAAAUGAGUACGGAUUUCGUCAAUACACAUGAUUUCUUCGGCCACGCUAUCGGAGGGUCCUUAGGAGCAGACAAGUCACAAAUGGAUGAUGUUGUGGCCUUUACAGCAGAAAAACUCUCAACAGAUCGUCCUAUUCAUCUUUUAGGAAUUGGCGGUAUUCGAGAUAUUUUUGCAGGCGUCAAACAAGGAAUUGAUACUUUUGAUUGUGUUCAUCCCACACGUCUUGCACGACAUGGUGGCGCACUAAUUAAACCUCACGAAUGGGAAGGGUUGUCUCCACAUCCUAAAGAACAUCUUAACCUGCGCAAUGCGCAUUUUGCCUUAGAUAAACGCCCUAUUUCCCAAGAUUGUCCUUGUGAAACCUGUGCCAACUUUUCCCGUGGCUACUUACAUCACCUAUUAAAGGCCAAAGAGCUCCUCGCCCUUCAGGCAAUCUCUCUGCACAACAUCGCCUUCAUGAACCAGCUUAUGUCUGCUAUCAGACAGGCGUUAAAGGAAGAACGAUUAGACGCGGAACAAAAAAAUUGGAUCACCUGUUAA